CUAUUAUCAUCAUCAUGACUCAAAUGCAAUAUGUACGAUUCGGUAAUACUGGUUUAAGGGUAUCUCGGAUUUCUCUUGGUUGUAUGUCUUAUGGUUCUUCUCAAUGGCAAGAUUGGGUAAAAGAUGAAGAAGCUUCAUUGGAUCUCAUAGAAAAAGCAUAUAAACAAGGCAUCAACUUUUUUGAUACAGCAAAUGGAUAUUCCAAUGGUGAAAGUGAACGUAUUUUAGGAAAAGCUAUUAAGAAGUUCAAAUUUCCUCGAGGUCGUAUCGUCGUUGCUACCAAAGUCUUCUUUCCUGUUUCCGAUGAUAUUUCUAAUAAUGUCCUUGGUGCGAACGUCGAAAAUGAUGCUCAUUUUGUGAAUGGUUAUGGUUUAUCAAGAAAACAUAUCUUUGAUGCCGUAGAUGCUUCGUUAAAACGAUUGGAUUUGGAUUAUAUUGAUUUACUAUAUAUUCAUCGAUAUGACAAGAAUACGCCGAUUGAAGAAACGAUGGAAGCGUUAAACGAUAUUGUCAAAUCUGGAAAAGUAAGAUACAUUGCAGCAUCUAGUAUGAACGCAUGGAAAUUCAUUCAAGCCAACCAUGUCGCUGAAUUAAAAGGAUGGACCAAAUUUGUUGGUAUGCAAAAUUUAUAUAAUCUUAUUUACCGUGAAGAAGAGCGCGAAAUGAUUCCUUUUUUGGAGAAUCAAGGGAUCGCCAUGAUACCAUGGUCUCCAUUAGCAAGAGGAUUACUUUGCCGUCCUGAAAAUGAAAGUUCAAUACGUUUCAAUACUGAUCGUGCCAUUAAUGGUUUUUUCUCUCAAAAAGAAAGUGCCAAUAAUUCUGAGAUCAUCCUAAGGGUUAAACGUUUGGCCGAUGAAAAAGGUGUCUCAAUGUCACAGAUUGCUCUGGCUUGGGUUUUGAGUAAACCUUUUGUAACAUCACCUAUUGUUGGUAUAGGAAAAGAAGAACACUUGUAUGAUUUGGUCAAGGCAUUGGAUAUUAAUCUGACACAAGAAGAAAUUAAUAUGUUAGAAGAACCAUAUAUCCCAAGAAAUUUAAUUCCCAUGUGAAAAUCUUGAUAUGAAUCAUUCAUUCAUUAUUUUAAUAAAUAAAGACCAUUAUUAAAAC